AUGGUUUCUAACUUCAUUCCAUCACACACUCUAUUUCUUGCACUUCUGUUCUUUUCUGCCAAAGGAACAAACUUCUCACGCCCUACGAAUUUCCCUCUUUCCUGUGACACAUACGUUGCAUACUUUGCUCGCUUUCCGAAUUUUUUAACUCUCACGACCAUAUCUGAUAUAUUUGACACCACUCCUCAAUCCAUUGCAAGAGCAAGCAACAUAAAAGAUGAGAGUAUGAUCCUUGUUCCAGGUCAACUUUUGCUAAUACCUAUAACCUGUGGCUGCAGUGGAAAUGGAAGUUACUCUUUUGCUAAUAUCUCACACUUGAUCAAACAAGGUGAAAGUUACUACUAUCUUUCAACCAUUUCAUAUCAGAAUCUCACCAAUUGGAUAACAGUAGAAGAUUCAAAUCCCAACCUGAAUCCAUAUUUGUUGACAGUGGGCACCAAAAUAGUCAUUCCUUUGUUCUGUAGGUGCCCUUCAAAAGGGAUAGAGUCUUUGAUUACUUAUGUCUGGCAGCCUAAUGACAAUCUUACCCUCGUAGCUUCCAAGUUUGGUGCAUCAAAACAUGACAUAAUCACUGCAAAUGCAAACAAUUUUGGCCAGAAUUUUACUGCUGCAACCAACCUUCCAGUUUUUAUCCCAGUGAAAAGCUUACCAGCUAUUUCACAAUUACACUAUUCUUCAAGUGGAAGAAAGAAAAACAAUCAUUUUCCUAUUGUCAUUUUCAUUGGUAUGUGUCUAGGAUGCACUAUUCUGAUUUUACUGUCAUUACUAGUUUAUGUGUAUUGUUUGAGGAAGAGAAAAGCUUGUGAGAAUAAGUAUGCGCCUUCUGUGGAGAUAACAGAUAAGUUAAUUUCAGAAGUUUCAAACUAUGUAAGUAAGCCAAAAGUGUAUCUAGUUGGUGCGAUUAUGGAAGCUACAAUGAACUUCAAUGAACAGUAUAGGCUAGGGAAAUCUGUGUACAAAGCUAAAAUCGACGGUCAUGUUUUAGCUGUGAAACAUGUUAAGGAAGAAAUCACAGUCACAGAAGAGUUAACGAUUCUUCAAAAGGUAAAUCAUGCAAAUCUUGUAAAACUAAUCGGCGUCUCUUCAGGAUAUGUUGGAAGUCACUUUCUUGUAUAUGAAUAUGCUGAAAAUGGAUCACUUUAUAACUGGCUGUUCUCUGAAUUUUCCAUUGCUUCAAGCUCAGUGGCUUCCCUCACAUGGAACCAGAGGUUAAACAUAGCAAUUGAUGUUGCAAUUGGUCUGCAAUACAUGCAUGAACACACAGAACCAAGUAUAGUCCAUAGAGACAUCACAUCAAGUAACAUCCUUCUUGACUCAAACUUUAAGGCCAAGAUAUCGAAUUUUUCUGUUGCAAGAACUACAAAGAAUCCUAUGAUAACAAAAGUAGAUGUUUUCGCAUAUGGGGUGGUUCUAUUAGAGUUAUUAACAGGAAAGAAGUUUUUGAGCGAAAAUCGCGAGGUGAAUAUGUUAUGGAAGGAUAUCAAAGGCGUGUUUGAUAUAGAAGAGAGGACAGAGGAAAGAGUUAGAAGAUGGAUGGAUCCUAAGUUGGGGAGUUUUUUUAAUGUUGUUGAAGCUCUUAGUUUGUUCUCUCUGGCUGUGAAUUGCAUUGAAGAACAAUCUUUGUUGAGACCAACUAUGGGAGAAGUUGUUCUUAGCCUUUCCCUUCUCACUCAACAUUCUCCUACUUUGUUAGAGAGGUCUUGUACUUAUGGAUCAGAUGUUGAAGUUAUAACUGGAAUGGUUACUUCCUUCAUAGCUCGUUGA